AUGGCACAAACGGAGCCAGGUUCGCCGGAAUCGAACAAUCAUAGAAUAUCCUGGUUUCGAAAGCUCAUAUUUCCCAAGAAGGAUGAAAAUCACACACCGCCGAGUUCUCCACCGAAUGAAGCUCAACCGCCAGGAUUGGGUCGUCGACUUUCAAGAAGGGUUGUCCCUGGACUUCCAAGGGCAGGUACCUUUAAGAGACAACAAUCGGAGCUGAGAGAUAGAUUAGAACCAGUCAAACCGAAUGCUGAUGAACGGCGGACAGCUUCAGUCGAUCGUCGACUUAAUAACUCGCAUCGUUCGUCAUCGGCUGCUAUAAAUCAUGGACCAAGAACCAGCGCGCCUGAAUUCCUAGAAAGAGUGGAAACGAUCGAUAAGACGUUUGACAAUGUAUCUGUGCGACCACCUACGCCAACCACAAAUGAACAUGAGAACGAGUCUCAAGAGUAUGUAGAUGUUUCAAAAGAGGAGAAACAGGGUUCACAUAUCGAAGAGCAAUCGAUAUCUACAGAUACGUUCGAUGAAACAAUACUUGAGGAGCUGGAAAAGAAAUGGAUUUUGAAUCUGAGUAUGCAUUUUCGAGAUAAAUCUAAAAGAGAAAAAUUCUUUGUCACUUACGCAGAAUCACCAACACACUGGCGGAGAGUUACGAUUUCCCUGGAUUAUAGAAAUGCGCCGAGUAAUUCACUGGAGGAAGAAUUACAAAGGACAAGGUUCCAAAGAGACAAAAGUGCGCGCAUAUAUGAGGCUAUUCGGGAAUCACUCCAGGACAUACAAUUUUACGAUACUGUGACAAAUCUCAAGUUAGAAACACAGGAUGAACGACUUCAUGUUCAUGUUGUGGAAGAUCUCUCCGAAGUUAUUAAUUUUCCUCCUACAAAGGCUCUCAAUCACCUUCCAUGUCGCAAAUUUCUAGAAGCGGAGCUUGAAUUUGAUUCUCAUCUAUCUGGCUUUGUCUACAAGGUUACCGUGGCCGGCCAAGUUUUUAUCAAAAAGGAAAUUCCAGGACCGGAUCAAGUGGAUGAAUUCUUGUAUGAGAUUAAUGCCCUUCAUCAACUUUCUGGAUCUCAUAGUGUUAUUCAGUUUGGUGGCGUGGUACUUGAUAAUGAAGCAAAAUGCGUGAAAGGACUUCUCAUUAGCUUCGCUGAACAGGGCGCAUUGAUUGAUGUUAUUUAUGAUGGUGAUAAUGGGAUUCCUUGGGCACGACGGGAACGUUGGGCUAAACAAAUUGUUCAUGGACUUUCUGAGAUUCACGAGGCGGGUUUUGUUCAAGGAGAUUUCACACUGUCGAAUAUUGUCAUAGAUGGGGAUGAUAAUGCGAAGAUAAUCGAUAUCAACCGAAGAGGUUGCCCAGUUGGAUGGGAACCUCCGGAAGUCGCGGCGUUGAUAGAAAGCAACCAGAGAAUUUCGAUGUAUAUAGGCGUCAAAUCCGAUUUGUAUCAACUUGGAAUGGUUCUCUACGCCUUGGCCACUCAACACGAUGAACCGGAAACUCAGAGACCGUUGAAAUUAUCGGAUUUUCCUCCUGAUGUACCGGACUAUUUCCUGGAAGUUUGUGGUCGUUGUCUUAGCGAUGAUCCACGAAAUCGAUCACAAGCUGCUGCUCUGCUGGACUAUUUUCCACAUAUUGAUGAGUAUCAUGGUGCAUACGAUGAUCAAUCACCAACUCCAAUUGUGAUUGAUGUUAGGCAUGCUGAUGAAGGGGAACUGUUGGUCACCGUUCAUGAUAAUAACGAUAGGCGAGAUAGCAUUUCUGAUGUACAUGACUACGAUGUACCGGAAAGGGGUCGAUCACGAUCUAAACCUUAUUCGCCGCCAUUUAUCUCACCCAGAUCACCAGAUGCGGCGAUUACAUACUUGAAUACACAGGAUAUCAGGCCAUCACAAAUCCAAUUGCCCUCGUCUACUUCCGGAUCUGAUUAUACGCAUGAUCCAAUCGAGCAACAUUAUAAUUACCAAAAUACUUCGACCAUAGAAAAUUCCACCUUAGAAACUCGACAGGAGCAACAUUCCGAUCGUCCUUCAUAUUCAGAAAAUGAUAAAACAGACAUUCAACCCAAUUCAACGACAGAACCGCGAAACACAGUAGCGACGAGUAAUUUAUCAAUGGCAUUUGCGGGGGAUUUAGCACACAUUGGAACUGGUGUUGAUAGUGCACAUAUGGGAACACUUUUUGGAGCGGUCAAUUUAGAUGAUGAUGAUUUAACGAUAGAUAAUGAUGGGAAUGGUGUUUUGUUUAUGACGUCGGAGGAAAAGAUGGCGGUUGCAUAG